ACCAGCCCAUCAUGUCGGUUGCCUUUGCUUCGGCUCGACCCAGAGCCAAAGGAGAGGUCACCCAGCAAACUAUCCAGAAGAUGUUGGAUGAGAACCACCACCUAAUACAAUGUAUUAUGGACUAUCAAAGCAAGGGCAAGACAGCGGAAUGUACUCAAUAUCAACAAAUCUUGCACAGAAACCUGGUUUACUUGGCAACGAUAGCAGAUUCUAACCAGAAUAUGCAGUCACUGCUUCCAGCUCCGCCGACGCAAAACAUGAACCUGGGCCCUGGAGGAAUGAAUCAGAGCGCAUCCAACCAGUCUCUUCACGCACAGAGCAACCUUAGCGAUGCCAUCGGCACAGGCCUCCCUCCCUCCUCCCUCAUGCAGAGUCAAAUUAGCAAUGGUCCCAAUCAUGUGUCUAUGCAAGUGUCAGGACAGAGCACCAUGCCCACGACUUCCUUGAGCAUGACCGUCAGUAGCCACGGAAGCGGACCCGGCUACAGCCACGCCGUGCCUGCAUCUCAGAAUGUACCAAUGCAAAGCCAGGGAUCCAUAGGCAACUACGUCGCACGAACAAAUAUCAACAUGCAGUCGAAUCCCGUUUCCAUGAUGCACCAGCAAGCAGCCACGUCGCAUUACAACUCAGCACAAGGAGGGAGCCAACACUACCAAGGCCAGUCUUCCAUCGCCAUGAUGAGUCAGAGUAACCAAGGCAACAGCAUGAUGGGCCAGCGACCGAUGGGCCCCUACCGACCCUCGCAGCAAGGUUCCUCUCAGCAAUACAUGGGGCAGGAAGAAUACUACAGUGAACAGUACAGUCACGGGCAGAGUUCCUCAGAGCCCAUGAAUCAGCAAUAUUAUCCCGACGGUCACACUGAUUACGCGUAUCAACAGUCGUCUUAUUCAGAGCAAAGCUAUGACAGGUCGUUUGAGGAUUCUACACAGCACUACUACGAGGGAGGAAAUUCCCAGUACAGCCAGCAGCAAGCGGGAUACCAACAGGGAGCUGCGCAACAGCAGACGUACACGCAGCAGCAGUACCCAAAUCAGCAAAGCUAUCCUGGGCAGCAGCAAGCAUACGGCCCCACCCAAGGAGCCUCAUCGCAAUAUUCCAGCUACCAACAGGGCCAGGGGCAACAGUACGGAACUUACAGAGCAUCACAGACAGGACCAUCUGCACAGCAACAGAGGCCUUACGGCUACGAACAGGGCCAAUAUGGAAACUAUCAGCAAUAAAAGGCAAAAACAAAAAAAAAACACCCACCUGUGUUGGAUUUGUCCCAAUAUUGAUGUCCGUCUUUUGAACUUUGGAUGUACGGACAGUUUUUGGUUCUUCGUAAUAUGUCGGUUACCCCUUAGCACAAAGGACCAUCUGUAUGUGAACUAGUAUUCAUUUCACGCUGGAUAUGAAGCAAUCCACUUCUGGUAACGAGGCAACGCUUUACUGGUUCGAUAUAUUUUUGGUGCUGUGUAUAGUAUCGUACAUUGAUACAAUGCAGAGGCUCUUUCCCCCAACCCCUUUGUUGUUUUUAAAUAGCUUUAGAGGUCAUCAGAGUGGUGUGCCUA